AUGGCUGAGCGCCUCAGCCCUCGAAGCUCCGAGGUAAAUGCCUUGGAACAGCGAGGUUAUAUCAUUGGAAAAAAAAUUGGACAAGGAUCCUAUGCCACAGUCCAUUUAGCUGAGUAUUGUGAUGCAUCCAGUCCCAAGCGAAUGCACCUAGCAUGUAAAAUAUUUGACAAAGAAAAAGCUCCUCGUGAUUUUUUAGAAAAGUUUUUUCCUCGUGAAUUAGACAUCCUUACAAAAAUAGAAAAUCCUCAUAUUAUACAAGUACAUAGUAUUCUCCAAAGAGGACCAAGAGUAUUUAUAUUCAUGCGUUAUGCUGAUAAUGGUGAUUUAUUAGAUUUUAUAAAAAGAAACGGUGUAGUACCAGAAAAUCAGGCAAAGUUAUGGUUUCGACAAAUGGCAAGUGGCUUACAAUAUUUACAUAGCAAAAAUAUUGCUCACCGCGACCUCAAAUGUGAGAAUAUAUUACUUUCUAGACGUUACAAUGUGAAAUUAGCAGAUUUUGGAUUUGCGAGAUUUUGUACCGAUUCUGAAAAUAGACGUGUACUGAGCCAAACUUAUUGUGGAUCUGCUGCCUAUGCUGCACCCGAAGUCGUAAGUGGAACGCCAUACAACCCGAAGCUUGCCGAUGUUUGGUCUCUUGGAAUCAUACUGUUUAUCAUGUUAAAUGCAUCUAUGCCCUUCGAUGAUUCGAAUUUGCGUAAACUUUUAAAAGAUCAAAUGUCCCGAAACUGGGUGUUUAGAUCUAGGAUACGAGAUACAGUUUCAGCUGCAUCAAAGUCUAUUGUGCGACAUAUUUUGGAGCCCGAUAUUACUUUACGCUUAACAUUGGACCGCGUUUUAUCCCACGAGUGGACAAGACCUCGCAAGGAUAAGAGUGCGAGUAUGAUAGGACGUCUGGUUCAGUCGGCCCCUACUGGACCGGGAAAACAUGACGAAGCCGGAACGUCGGCUGGAAUCCGUGUGUCUGGCGAUCACCGUGAAACUGAGCGAGAGAGACACGACGAUAUUCAUAUGCGUUCUCACAAUUAACAAAAUAGCUUCAUUAUUGCUCAGCUCGGAUAGUUUAGAAAAAUUUCGACCGUUAAAAAUCGUAAAUUUCUUUUAAUAUUUUGAGUUUUUUAUAUAUACUUGAUGACAAAACUUUUGUUUGUUAUCAAUAGAUAUAGUAAAAAUGUAUGAAAA